AUGGCCGAGGCCCCCCCGCGCCGCCUCGGCCUGGCCCCCCCGCCCGGGGACGCCCCCCGCGCCGAGCUGGUGGCGCUCACGGCCGUGCAGAGCGAGCGGGGCGAGGCGGGCGGGGGCGGCUCCCCGCGCCGCCUGGGCCUCCUGGGCAGCCCCCUGCCGCCGGGCGCGCCCCUCCCGGGGCCGGGCUCGGGCUCGGGCUCCGCCUGCGGCCAGCGCUCGUCGGCCGCGUACAAGCGCUACCGCCGCCUGCAGAACUGGGUCUACAACGUGCUGGAGCGACCCCGCGGCUGGGCCUUCGUCUACCACGUCUUCAUAUUUUUGCUGGUCUUCAGCUGCCUGGUGCUGUCCGUGCUGUCCACUAUUCAGGAGCACCAGGAACUUGCCAACGAGUGUCUCCUCAUCUUGGAGUUCGUGAUGAUCGUGGUGUUUGGCCUGGAGUACAUCAUCCGGGUCUGGUCCGCUGGAUGCUGCUGCCGCUACCGAGGAUGGCAGGGCCGCCUCCGCUUUGCCAGAAAACCCUUCUGUGUCAUCGACUUCAUCGUGUUCGUGGCCUCGGUGGCCGUCAUCGCCGCGGGCACGCAGGGCAACAUCUUUGCCACGUCCGCGUUGCGCAGCAUGCGCUUCCUGCAGAUCCUGCGCAUGGUGCGCAUGGACCGGCGCGGCGGCACCUGGAAGCUGCUCGGCUCGGUGGUCUACGCGCACAGCAAGGAGCUGAUCACCGCCUGGUACAUCGGGUUCCUGGUGCUCAUCUUCGCCUCCUUCCUGGUCUAUCUGGCCGAGAAGGACGCCAACUCCGACUUCUCCUCCUACGCCGACUCGCUCUGGUGGGGGACGAUUACACUGACGACCAUCGGCUAUGGUGACAAGACGCCCCACACAUGGCUGGGCAGGGUCUUGGCUGCCGGCUUCGCCUUACUAGGCAUCUCCUUCUUUGCCUUGCCUGCCGGCAUCCUUGGCUCCGGCUUUGCCCUGAAGGUGCAAGAGCAGCACCGGCAGAAGCACUUCGAGAAGCGGAGGAUGCCAGCGGCCAACCUCAUCCAGGCUGCGUGGCGCCUCUACUCCACCGACACGAGCCGGGCCUACCUGACGGCCACCUGGUACUACUAUGACAGCAUCCUCCCAUCCUUCAGAGAGCUGGCCCUCUUGUUUGAGCACGUGCAACGGGCCCGCAAUGGGGGCCUACGGCCCCUGGAGGUGCGGCGGGCGCCGGUACCCGACGGAGCGCCCUCCCGUUACCCGCCCGUUGCUACCUGCCACCGGCCGGGCAGCGCCUCCUUCUGCCCUGGGGAAAGCAGCCGGAUGGGCAUCAAAGACCGCAUCCGGAUGGGCAGCUCCCAGCGGCGGACGGGCCCCUCCAAGCAGCACCUGGCACCCCCGCCAAUGCCCGCCUCCCCGAGCAGCGAGCAGGUGGGUGAGGGCACCAGCCCCACCAAGGUGCAGAAAAGCUGGAGCUUCAACGACCGCACCCGCUUCCGGGCGUCGCUGAGACUCAAACCCCGCACCUCUGCGGAGGAGGGCCCCUCGGAGGAAGUGGCAGAGGAGAAGAGCUACCAGUGUGAGCUCACAGUGGACGACGUCAUGCCUGCUGUGAAGACAGUUAUCCGCUCCGUCAGGAUCCUGAAGUUCCUGGUGGCCAAAAGGAAAUUCAAGGAGACGCUGCGACCGUACGACGUGAAGGACGUCAUCGAGCAGUACUCGGCAGGGCACCUGGACAUGCUAGGCCGGAUCAAGAGCCUGCAGGCUCGGGUGGACCAGAUUGUGGGCCGCGGCCCCGGGGACCGGAAGACCCGGGAGAAGGGCGACAAGCCCUCCGACUCGGAGGCGGUGGAUGAAAUCAGUAUGAUGGGACGCGUGGUCAAGGUGGAGAAGCAGGUGCAGUCCAUCGAGCACAAGCUGGACCUGCUGUUGGGCUUCUAUUCGCGCUGCCUGCGCUCCGGCACCUCGGCCAGCCUGGGCGCCGUGCAAGUGCCGCUCUUCGACCCCGACAUCACCUCUGACUACCACAGCCCUGUGGACCACGAGGACAUCUCCGCCUCCGCCCAGACGCUCAGCAUCUCCCGCUCGGUCAGCACCAACAUGGACUGAGGGGCUUCUCAGGGGCCGGGCAGCGCUCGGCCAGCCCCUCAGCCCGGCGCUCGGCCCCGCCCGCUGAGGCCUCCGGCUCCUCUCUUACUUGAACUGCUCCCGCGCGGGGAGAGAGGCCACACGCAGUAUUGAACUGCCUGGGCGGGCGAGCUACCGCUGUGGGUGCCAGCGACUCGCCCCACCUCAGGAGUGCGAGAUGCCAGGCCGCAGGGAGGGCAGCAGCGGCUGACCGCGACCUCUGGGCCCGCCAGAGCCCCGCGCGGCCCGCCUGGCAGGGGCACUGACCGGAAAGUGGGAGCGGGGCGCUGAGGCCAGGGCCCUGGCCCUGACCCAGCUUCCAGCUAUGCAAGGUGAGGUGUCCGGCCGGCCUUCGGACAGAGCACGAAAGCCGUCCCGCCAAGUCCCCGCCCCACUUGAGGGUGGGCCCAAGGUGCCCCACAGGUACCCACAAGCACAGGACCCUGCCACAAGGCAGGUGGGCACCAUAUAUGCAAACUAUGUUAAAUAUGCAACUUUGGGGACCCCCAUGGGGUCCCUCUGCCCCUCCCCCAUGGGAGAUGGGCCUCCAGCAGUAGCUGGUCUCAGGCUGCUUGGCCAUGACCCCCAACCCCAUUCUUUGGCAUAUCACCCCCUCCCCACCCAGCUUAGGGCCUCUUUCUCCCUUGCCUCCCCCAAGGGCAGUGCCUGGGCCUUCCUUCCCAUCUGCAGGUGUCCCGCCCCAGCGGCUCCCUCUGCCUGCUGGAUGUCCACUCCCCUCUUUGGCCCUGCAGACACCUUUAACAGCACAAGUUUCUGUAUUCUCCCCUAAACCUCCCCCAGACGAUGCUGCUGCAAUCACACAAACAUAUCCCUUUAGUUUCCCCAGACAUGCAGAAGGUCUCUCACACUCACACUGACACAAUCACACACACUUAGAGACGUGAGCACAGAGCCAUUCAGCCUCUCCCGGGCCUCUGCAGCUGAUGCCAGUAAACUGGCCUUGCAAGGUGAUGUCCACUACAAGGAGGCCCCCACUUCAUCCAGGUGGGAGAGGGAGCUCUGAAGUGACCCCAGGUCUCUCUAGGCCCCACCCCAGAGCUUUACCCGCUCCCCUUCCUCAAGAGGAUCUACUCCUCCGUGGUCCAGGAGCCCUAACUGCUGCCUUUGCCUGCCCCCGAGAGCCCUCUUUGGCGUCCCCACAGCACAACUCACGCCUAGGCCUUUGGGCCCCGACAGCACUGGAAAGAUCCCGGGCCCUUCCCCAGGGUAGUUAUCAAGCCUGCUUCUAUCUAGGCUUGUCCCCUUUCUAGUCACUCUAACUCCCAGAGAAACUAAUAAUGCACCUAGCAACUCCCAUUUUUCAGGCACCAGCUGUGCGUCUGGCGCUCAUAUGCACUGUCUCCCCUCCUGCCAUGCCCCGCUCUUCACGUCAGUUGGCAGCCCCCAUACUGGCAUAAGCCCCCAUCCACUCCAGACUCCCAGCACCUCUUUGGUAUCCCUACCCCUUUGUCCCUCUUCUGCAAAGCCAAUGCAGGUGGCAGGGGGGUGAUGGGUAGUGGACCAAGGGGGACCAUCUCUGGGGUGCCAGCGAACAGGGGCUCAGGCCCAGCUGCCUGCAUCUUGUGACUGGGGACCUGCAUGCACCAGCGCCAGGGCUGGGGUUGGGUCUUACUCAGCCCCAUGGUGCCCAGCCUCUGCCCCAACAAGCCCUCUGCAUGUGACCAUCAUGCCCUGGACAGAGCCUGUCCUGGCUCACUUCACCCGCACUACGCUGUCCUCAGAGAGCCACCCCUCUGCCCACUCAGAGACAGAGCUGUGGAGAGGGGCAGGAGAAUGGGAUUACCCUAUGACCAAAGGAGACUUGGCAAGAAGCCUGCCCUCCUUCCACGAUCAAGGUUCCCUACCAACCCGGUUCUCGGAUAUGCAAGUACCUCACUUUGUUAACUUAUUAACUUAUUGGUUUCAUUAAAGUUUUCAGUAGGA